AUGGCGACACAAGCCUUUUUUCUUGGAAAAAGGAAUAUAAAAUUGCACUCUUCAUAUCCCACAUCCCCUGUAGGCUUUGAAUUUCUACUCUUAGGUGGAGCGGCGGUUCUAAAUGUCCAGGCUGCACACAAAAAUGGGCAUCUAUCGACCGAAUUGAAAAGAAAGCCCGCCAGGGGCGACUCGAUCCAAACAGAGUCAAUGUCAUGUAGCGAUAAGCUAUCAUUGUCGUUUUACGUUGCCAUGAUGUAUGACAUUAUUUGUAUCGUUUGCAAUAACAAUGAUAAUCCCAAGCUAUCAGAAAAGAUUGUUAAAGACUCUUUGUGCCGAGUGGACUGUGAUAAUGCUCGCAUGGAACCAAAAUUUCCCAAAAUCAUAUGUUACGUCUCUGAAAGGCUGUCUUUGGCUUUGUAUCCCGCGUUUGUAUAUACGGGCAAAAGGAAGGCUUCGCCCACCGCGAUCAUCUGGUGCGCCGGUGAAAACUACGACAUCAUCACGGAUGGGUUUAAACAGGGAGCAAACCCUUCAAAAAACCUAUCAAAGUCUAGGUAA